UACUACCCUAAACGCACCGUUUCACACAUCCAUUACAAAUUAGUUUACAGUUCGCGCCGCCGAGAUAUCAGACUCUCCAACACGCGCAGACACUCUCAGUGCAAACUCACGCGCCACCGUCCGCCGAACCCCUAACCUAGCGGAGAUCGCAGAACCAUGAGGGGCCCCUCUUCCUCAUCCUCUGUCUCUGACGGCACCAACCGUUCAUGGCUUGCGCAGGGACUGCUCGCCGGAGCGGCUGUAGCAGCUGCGGCCGUAGCGUACACGGUGAUAUCCAGGCGCCGAUCCGCAAGGUUACGGAGCCACGUGGUGGGGAUCAUACCGGCUCGUUUCGCUUCCUCCAGAUUUCCAGGCAAACCUCUGGUCCCAAUCCUCGGCAAACCCAUGAUCCAGAGGACGUGGGAAAGAGCAAAACUUGCAACCACGCUGGACCAACUUGUUGUGGCUACGGAUAAUGAGAAAAUAGCAGAGUGCUGUUUGGGGUUUGGAGCUGAUGUGAUAAUGACAUCAGAUACUUGCAGAAAUGGAACUGAACGCUGCAAUGAGGCCCUCCAAAAGUUCAAAAAGAAAUUUGAUAUUGUUGUUAACAUUCAGGGAGAUGAGCCUCUUAUAGAGCCCGAGAUAAUAGAUGGGGUUGUCAAGGCCCUGCAAGCUGCCCCUGAUGCUGUAUUUAGCACUGCAGCUACUUCUUUGAAACCUGAAGAUGCAUCCGAUCCCAAUCGGGUGAAAUGCGUGGUGGACAGUCAUGGUUAUGCAAUAUAUUUUUCGAGGGGCUUGAUCCCAUGCAAUAAGUCAGCCAAGGUCAAUCCACGUUUUCCAUAUCUACUUCAUCUUGGUAUCCAGAGCUAUGAUGCAAAGUUCUUGAGGAAAUAUCCGGAGCUUGCACCUACUCCAUUACAACUGGAAGAAGAUUUGGAGCAGCUUAAAGUCCUUGAGAAUGGAUAUAAGAUGAAGGUGAUCAAGGUUGAUCAUGAGGCUCACGGUGUUGAUACUCCAGAAGAUGUGGAGAAGAUAGAAUCAUUCAUGCGGGAAAGAAAUCUGUCCUAGGACCUGCUUUUGGAAGUGGAAAAAGCGUUAUUCGGGCAUAAAAACUUAAAAGUACUUUUGAAUCGCAAAAGCACUUUCUUGGAUCGUAUAAGUGCUUUCUAGAAAGAGAGUGUCUUCAUGCUGCAUUGUUUUAUUCUUUCUUACUGAUGAUUCAGUUUUGUCUUCCAUUGCAGACAUAUACUGAUAGUAGAUACUACUAUAUACAAGAAUUCAUUUACUUCCAA